AUGUCCCACUCGAGUCCUAUCAUCCACUCGGCAUCCACCAUCCCAACCAAAGAGAAUGAUGAGAGAAAUUUAUCUCUGAAUAUCCCGACUGUAAAUAGCAAGAAUGGCUGCCAAUUUCCAGCAACAACAUCAAUCACUUCGGAGCAACAUGUUUCUUCUUCCGAUGUAAAUCAUUCAAACCACAAGGCUGUGAUGGAGUGGUCUGUGGAACAAGUUCAGUCCUUUCUCGAAUCCAAACAUUUUCCUCGCAGCAUGUUGCAUUCGUUUGAAACUGAGAAGGUUGAUGGCUUGUCUCUGUAUUAUUUGUGGUUGUAUUCAAACCAGAAUUCUGUUGCGAGUCAUGGUUGUUCGGAUUUACAAUUGAAAUUGAAUGACCGAUUGAAUAUUGAUACUUUACAUGAUUUAGUACAUUUGAAACAUGAAUUGAAUGUGUUAUUUGGCCUUCCUCAUAGUGAGGAUGGUGCUGAUAAUGAGUUGUCAACAACAGCCCCAACCAUGAAUGGUAAAUCAGUAUUGCCUCACAUUUCCGUUGUGGCUCGUCAUCAUCAGGAUGAACCAAAAUCUCAGCACAUGUUGACCUCAACUCAUGGUCAUCAACACCACCAUCAUUUCCUUACACAUCACCAUUCCCACUCAUCGACGAUGGGAAACAAGUCACCAACCACGUUACCCUCUGUGAUGCCUCACCAUCAUCAUUCGUCAACACCACACUAUAGUCCAAGUCACAAAACUCCAACUUCACCAUCCAUGCCACCUCCAUCUCCUCUCUUAUUACACACAUUAGGAGAAACACCAGUGGUGUAUACACCCACCCCACUCUCAAAAAAGAUUCUGUCUUCGCUUCCACCCUCAAUUCCUCAAUUUAUUAAACAAAUUCUUCCAAGUGAAAUCAAGAUAUUGGAUGAACAUUCACAGGGAGAGAGCUGGGGAUCAAUGAUUACCAAGGUGAUUGUAUCCUUUUUUUACUUGAUGUUGUCCAUAUUUUGCACAAGCGUGACCAUGGUGGUCGUUCAUGAAAGAGUACCACAAGAUUAUCCUCCACUACCUGAUAUCAUUUUAGAUAAUGUUCCUCUCAUUCCAAGCGCUUUUGCAAUUUCAGAACUUAUUUGCCUAAUAUUGGCAUUAAUUGUUCUAUUUAUUAUAUUAUUCCACAAGUACAGAGGAAUUAUUGUGAGAAGAUUAUUUGUGAUUAUUGGCACUGUAUUUUUAUUGAGAUGUCUCACCAUGUUUAUCACAUCACUGAGUGUUCCUGGUAGUCACUUAACAAGCGAAUGUAUGAAAUCUCGUGCAGCAAAUAUCACACUGACGUUUGAGGAGAAGAUGAAUCGAGCAAUUGAAAUUACCUUAGGAUUUGGAUUGAGUAUUAUGAAUGUCAAAACUUGUGGAGACUACAUGUUCAGUGGUCAUGUCAGUAUUAUUACCUUAUUGAACUACACCAUUAACGAAUAUACACCAAAGAAUUGGAAGGGUCUACAUAUCAUCACAUGGGUGUUGAAUUGCUUUGGUGCCUUUUUCGUAUUGGCUGCACAUGAACACUACUCGAUUGACGUUUUCAUUGGGUUCUAUAUAAGUAGUAGACUCUUUGUUUAUUAUCAUGAUAUGGCUAAUAUGAGGCACAUUAUGGACUCACAUGGAAUUGAUAGCACUGUCUAUGUUCCAUUGUUCGACUAUCUCGAGGAAAUGGUCGAUGGAGUUGUGCAAAACGAGUUUAUUAUCAACUUUGAAAGAAAAUCUAGUAAUAGAAGCUCUCGAAGUCAAAGUGGAGAUUUUAGUCGAAGUAAUGUAGGAGAUGCUUCAUCCAUAAUAUCUAAUAGUAGUAGCAGUAAUACCAAUGGUGAAGACAACAACAACAUACUCUCUUCAGGCGAGAAGACUCAAUCCCUUAAUGUGAACUCGAACAGCAACCUAACCACCACCACGAGUGUUAAGAGAUAG